CGAGGAGAAGGCUCGUCGCGAGGAGCGCGCCCGGCAACAGCGCGAGGAGGAGCGGCUCAAGAAGGAGGAGAAGGCCCGGCUCGCCCGCGAGGCCAAGGUCAAGGCCGAGCAGGAGGCGCGCGAGAAGAAGGCGCGCGACGACGCCGACCGCAAGGCGCGCGCCGAGGCCGAGCGCAAAGAGCGCGAGGAGCGCGAGCAGCGCGACCGCGAGGACCGCGAGCGCAAGGCGCGCGAGGCGGCCGAGCGCAAGGCCAAGGAGGACAAGGAGCGAGCUGAGCGUGCCGCCGCCGCCGCUCGCGCCAAGCAGCAGCAGCAGCAACAGCAGGCCGCCGCCGCCGCCGCAGCUGCUGCCGCGACCGCCGCCGCCACGCCCAAGUCGCCCGUCAACCAGCGCGCCGCACCUCCUUCCUCUCGAGGGCAGCAGCAGCAGCAGCAGCAGCAGUCGAUCCCGGGCCUGCCCAAGGUGCCCGUGUCGAUGUCCAAGCCGUCGCCGCCGCCGACUGGGCCCGGCGCAGGCCGCCAGCAGCCGUCGUCGUUCCCGCACGGCGCCAUGCCUCGCCAGCCGUCCAUGUCGGGUCCGCCUCAUCAGCAAGGGCCGCCGUCUCAGCCCCAGCAGCAGCAGCAGCGCCAGCCGAGCCUCCAUGGGCAGCACAACCUGCCGUCGUACCCUCAGCAGCGCAACGUGUCGCAGCCGAACGGCAUGGCGCCGGGCCGCAUGUUCUCGCCGCCGCCGCCACCGCCGAUGAGCCUGGGCCACCCUCAGCAGCAACAGGCGUUCGGCAACAUCGGCAUGCCCUCGUCGUCGUCGUCGUCGUCGUCGUUCAUGUCGCCGCCGCCGCAGCAGGGCGGGCCGCAGAUCUCGCCCAGCCUGGGCCGGGGCGGCACCCCGAUCGGCCCGCCGCCUCCUGGUGCCUCGUCGCAGCCGUCGUCGUCGUCGGCGGCGGCCAGCGUCCGCUCGCCGCAGGCCAACGGCCUGUCGCUCGGCCCGUCGCCGCUCGCGCCUCCCGCCACGAGCCCGCGCCCGGUCAACGUCGCGCCGAUCGGCAGCGCAAUCGGUCGCCCGCCGUCGGCCGUGUCGUCGAGCGCCCGGUCGUCGUCGCCGCCUCGCGUGUUUGGCUCGUCGGCGCUGCACGAGGACGACGAGAUUGUCGUGCCGCCUCCCCGGGCGUCCAUCUCGAACGCGUCGUCUGCGCCGAUCGGGAGCGGCGUCUCUGCGCCUCCUUCGUCGUCGUCCGUCUCUGGCGGCUCGGUCGACUGGGCCUCGCCGUUCUCGUCGGGCGGCGGCGGGUCCAUCUGGGGCGCGCAGCCUGCGCAGCCGCCGGUGCCGACGCUCGACCGGCAAUCGAUCCUGCGCGACCGCAGCCGGGUCGCGUUCCUCAAGCUGCACGAGCUCGGGCAGACUAAGGUCGACUUGGCCAUGCCCGUCGACGACAUUUACAAGGCGAUCCUCGUCCUGUGGCCGUCGGACGCGGGCGCCGUCACGCUGCACGAGCUGGUCGAGUCGAUGCUCGAACCGCCCAACGGCGUGACGCGCACGGGCGUGUUCCAAUUUUCGACCGUCGGCGAGCAGGUCUACGCCAAGUGGACCCCGUCUUGAGCGCCCGUUCCCUCGUCUCCUCCCGCGCCGUCGUCUUCUCCUCCUUCUCUCUCUCUCUCUCCCCCCGCCCUUUCUCUCUCCCUCUGCGCAAUCAUCGAGCUGUUCUUCU